UGAAGCCUACUGCAGAGGUGGCUCUGUCACCUAUUUAGAGCUGUCCAAUCAAGUCACUGUAUCUCUGCACGCUAAAUCAGAGGCAGAAGUGGAUCCCCUGUUGUUCACUGCCUAUGCCAAGCCACUACGAGGCCGAACGAUGGUUGUAAGUGCUGAACCUGAUGCAACUGUGGUGAUAAGCAGGGUGGCCGAGGAACAAGAAUGUAACAUUUGCCUUGAAGAAGGUUCAAAUCCCACCUGCAGCCCUACGAAGCUCAACCUGCCAACCACCCAAAACAACACCUUGGAGUUCAGCUGCCCUAAGCCUCAGGAUGUCUUCAUGGUGCAGAUCCUGAGGAAAAUAGAAUGCACCAAGAUGUCCUGCAGCCCUGCCAUGGGAGAAGUUCAGCCCAAAUUCUUCACAGAAUUUCAGAAAACCAUAACAUGGGAUAUAACUGUACCAGAGAAAACUGUGUUGACCUUGGACUUCCCUGGAGAUGGGCUGAAAGAGAUUACUGCAUCGGACAAGUGCCAAGAUGGCUACCAGUAUUCUUUGAGUACAACUAAUGCUGAGGGAGAGGUUAAAACUAAGAACUUCUGCCGGAUUGGACCUUUAUCUCAUCUUGAUCUUCUUAGAAAGGCGACUGUGACUCUAGAGAUCCCCAAGGAAGGAGAUUUGGACUCGGCUGCAUUCACCGUCAAGGCCGUGCCUAGAAAAAGCAGAAAGAUGACCGUGACCGCCGACUACAACACCAACAUUAUGAUCAGCAGAACUAACAAAGAGCCAGAUUGCAGCGUGUGCAUCGAUGAGGAGCCCAACCAGAAAUGCAGCCCGAAAGAUCUUAGCCUGAAAGACCCCCGUAACACUUCAGUGGAGUUCAGCUGUCCUCAGCCUCAAGAUGUCUUCAGCGUGGAGAUCAACAGAGAGAUUGACUGCAUAGAGACCACCUGCAGUGGAAACAUCAUCCAGGCCGAGUCCAAUUUCUUCCCUGACUUCAACCGAACCUUCAUCUGGGACCCGAGGGUGCCGUCCACCAAGGCUAUCCGACUGGACUUCCCAGAUCCAGGAAUGCGACAGAUCCCCAAUGAGGAGACCUGUCCAGAUGGGCACACCUACGUCAUGUUGACUUAUCUACGCACCGGGCCGGCGACCAUCGGGACGUACUGCAGGGAUGGCACCAUAACCACUGUCCAUGUGCGCUACAGGGUCCGCAUGUUGCUGAAGGUGCCUGGAGACCAAAAGAUGGAGGCUUUCAACUUCAAACUGAGUGUUGAACCUGAAACCAACAUGCUGGCUAUAGUGAAAGUCGACCUGCCGAGAGGUACAUCAGAAACAGACUUCAUCACAGUCAACUACCCCAACGGCUUCCCUGACAACCAGCAGAUGAAGUGGGACUUUACAGUGCCUGGCAUGCAUAACUACUCGAUGCACUUUCGGGAUCAUACGCUCCCAGAAUGCCUCAGUAAGGACGUGAAAGUGGAGUAUCAGAAAGAAGGGAAGAGGUCGACUAAUCUGACCCUGACCGACCGUCAACCAGCGCACAAGCAGGGCAAUUUCAACAUGUCACUGUGGAACUGUGAGACCAACACGACACUACAGGGUCUCAACCUGAAUUUCAGAGUCUCCAUGAUAAGAAGCGGUCACCCAGUUCUGUGUACAGUAGAUCUAACCAAAAAGCCAGGGGUGUCCCUGCAGAUAGAGAAAGUGGGCUCCGAUCCAUACUGUGAGAUGAGCAUCAACUCUGUUGUCAAGGAAAAGAUAAAUGUGGCCUCGGGCAUGAAGGCCAGCCUCUCCUUCCUUGACUGUCCAAAUGAAGAUCUACGCUUGACUGCCACUGAAAUUCUUGGGUGCCAAAAUCUGGACUCAUGCUCUGUGAGUGGAAUGCUCCUCACCGUGCCCAAAUUGGAUUCCUGCUUGCCAAUGCCCCUCCAUAGCUUCACCUGGCACAUCACCAUCCCCGAGCAUGCUACAGUUGAUCUACAAUCCCCCAAAGGGACACUCCGACAGUCCCUACCUGGCCAAGAGUGCAGUGGUCCGGUCUCCCUGCAUGUUGCUGAAGAUGAUGGGUCUUCAAUAGGGGAUUUCUGCUAUAAGGGAAUCAUUCAGAGAGUCCAGGUACACUCCAAUGUCUCCGUCACAGCCACAGCUCUAGACUUCACAAAGACCACAGGGCCUUUUCUUAAUGUCUCCAUCAGUGAAGAAAUCUCAGAGAACAUCAUUUACACUGUGAAACCUAAGAUGGCUUCUGUGGCCCUUAUUUCCACCCCUAACUGGCCCGGUGGGAUGAAGCCGUACUCCACAGUGUCCUGGAUCUUCACCCUGCCAAGUCAGUACCAGGCCGCCCUGCACUUUGCCAACCUCAGCCAGCCCAAAUGUGGCCAGAGACACACUAGCAUCAAGGUCCAGGUGCUAGGUUCUGAGGAAGAGAUGCUGAGCCGCAGGGAGGACGAGGAAGCGGAGAACAAGUUGGUGGUGCCAAAAAGCUUCUACCUCAACAUGUCCAAUUGUAUGCCAGAUGAAGGACAUUUUGGAGUGGUGACCAAAGUUGUUCUACAGAAAAAGAGCAAUCUGCUAGCCGUAGUGCUGGGGACAAUAGGAGCUCUGCUCCUGCUGAUAGCACUAGCCACUGUAUACUUGAUCAUAAAGAAAAAGAAAAAAGGGAAGAUGAACACAGAGUCAUCCAUCUACAUCGGCAAAAGCAAUAUUUUCCUCCCAGGUGACCGACACUUCUCCAAGGCCCGGUCUGACAAUGAAUCCCAUGUCUAUGCCUCCAUCGACGAAACGAUGGUGUACGGCCACCUGCUGCCAAACUCCAGCUACGCAGACAGCAUGCAAGACCACUUCAACGGAAUGCAGGUGGACUCUUACCAAACAUUCAUGGGGCCCACUGAUGGAGACCCCCCCAUGGUAGUCGAACCAGAACCCGAUGCAGAGCUGGAGAAGGACAUGUACAGACCUUUCCUGGACCCCUCAGAGACUUUCAUCCCUUCACGACCCCGGACCCCAAUCGAUCGUGAGAACAGCCUUGGUUUCCAGGACCGCAGGAUGGUGGACAAUGAGCUCUACACGUUCAAGAGUACAGGGGAGAUGAACACUAUUCGCCUGUCUGGUGCGGACCAAGAACCACAGCCAGCAAUCGACACAAAUACAGAGGAUUCCUUGUAGCACGAUGGUGUUGUGACCAUCUGACUUGGUUGCCUUUUCUAAUUCUUGUUGCGGCUCUCCGUAUCCCAGUUGAGGGAUGCAGCAUUAUUUGCAGCAUUGUGCCUAAAUUAAACUCAGGGAAAGGGGGUUUCAAUGGGCUCUGAAGAACUGGAAGAUGCCCUCAAGUGUACAGAGCUGCCAAAGCAGUGACUGCGUCAUUUUGCAAGAUUUUAAUGGUCAUGUAUGUUUCUUGAUAUCAGGUUUUUAUUGAAUGUGCUGAUGUAAUAUUUUCUUGGAAGUGACGGUUAAUCUCUAUGGGUAGCUUGUUUUGUUUUGCUAGAGCUACGGUGUAAGAGGUAGUGUGAUGUGGAAUCAAGGGCAGGGACACUGAAAAAGGUAUGUUUUUCGAAGAGCCUCCACUGUUUUUUGUUUUUGUAUUUUUUUUUGUGAUUUCAUUUGUUUUUUCAGUGUGUAGUCUUUUUAAAAUAGACAGUUUCUUUGCCUCUACUGAAAAUAUACUUUACCUGGUUUUACAAUAAAUUCAAUCAAUAUUGUCCUGGUGGCAAGUAGAUUUUAGAUAAAGACUGUCAUCAUACACUGCGUUGUGACAUUUUGUUUUACCCCUAUCUUGUGCCUGAAUCUUUGACCAUUUAAAAUCAGGAGGUGAAUCCAGAUUCAACCACAGGAAUGUCAGUCAUGA